AUGGAAUCGGAAAGAGAGACCAGGGAGGAUGAAGCUCCGACGAAGGCUUUGGUUAUACAUAGAUACAUGCAUCUAGAAGUACAUAUGGAAAUUACUUUCGUCUUACAACAUACGGUGAAUCCCAUGAUGGAGGUGUUGGUUGUAUUAUUGAUGGGUGUUCUCCUAGAAAAGAAACAGACACAUGCACCAUAUUUUCAGGAGUGGCUGAUGGAUACACAACUGGAUCUCCAAUCAAGAUAGAUGUACCCAACAUUGAUCAAAGGGGAAAUAGGUUUUUUGACGUCGCCCGCCAAGUGUUUUAUAAAAUGUCGGACUCAAUUUUCCAACUUUUGUAGCCAGACGACACCAAAUAUGUUGAGAGACAUGGAACUUUGAAGAGCCUGACAACGGAUCUUUUUUCAUCUUAAGGUCUGGGCAGUUAAUAGCGCCGAGAUCUUGGUGAGAUCUCGGUGGGAUAACGUUUCACGGGUGUUGGCAAAAUAGCGGUUUCAAAGGCUGGAGGAAAGACAUUUAAAGCGAAGAAGCCUAUUCUGGUGAAUCUCAACCCCACUUUAUCCAGAAACACCCGGUAUAUGGCCAAAGGAACUGGUAAAGGCAUGGAAGCCAAUUGUUGAUGUUGUGCAUGCAAAAGGCGGAAUCUUUUUCUGUUAAAUCUGGCAUGUUGGAAGGGUUUCAAAUAUUGAUAUGAUUGAAUUUAUGCAAAGAAAUUGUGACAUACUUUAAUAAUUACGUACAAGUAAUUCCUCGACAUAUUGAUGUCAAAGUUUUUUCAGAUUUUUAUUUUUUAUUUUUUCAAAACGCCAAAACUACAAGUUUCAUCCAUUCAAAUUGUAUAAUUGGAUUUUGCUACUAAAGGUUUUUUUUGUUCAAACAAGUAUAUGACAUGGGUAUUUUGGUCAGUACUCAAUUAUUAUUAUGGUAUUUACUCAAAGAUACUUUGAUACGAACACUUCAUAUGCAACAUCUAUUUUUACCUUUGGAAUGCACUAGCAGGUAGAUAAAUAGACUUUGUUUAUGCAAAAAGGAGUACACUUUGUUGGCAUGCUUAUAUACCUUUGAUGUUGCAUAAUUUUUUUUUAUUUAUACUGAAAAAAGACUGACACUAAUGUGAAUGGGAGAAGGUUUGCAACUUUUUAUCCCAUUAGUACAAACGACCUUAAUGCCCUUCUAAAAUUAUACUAUUUGUUUCCAACCUUUUGCAUCAUAUGAAUGCUUUUGUUGUAUUGUUAUGCAUGCAACAGUUCUUGACCCUGCAGAUUAUGCAGGCCUUGAAUGACAUUAUACUAAUUUAUUUGUUUACUUUGAUUUCUUACAUUAGGACAUUAUAUUGUUUUCAAUCUAUCCGAUUGGUUUGUAUUUGAAUAACAUUAUAGCAUCCUAUUUUCGUCACCCACCAAACAUCAACAAAAAUAUCCAACCCGUGUGUCUUCAGUAAAUUUGUUUGUUCCGAACCCCGCGGAGCGGGGUUUCCCAG